ACAAUCUCCCAACUCAUCUCCUCUGUCAUCUCUGAUCUCUGAUAUGUCUUAAAAAUAAUGAACUACAACAUUGCCAUGUAGCGAGUUUUCUACUUCAUGCGUUGGCAACAGUUCAUGAUCACGCGAGGGUUAAUGUCACUUUGAUCGUCAAAUGAAAGUAAUAUUUAUUCUUACAGUCUGAAACGAUUACUGUCAUAGCAGUAAUGACAGAAAUUCAAUGGCCUUGGCAGUACAGUUUUCCUCCCUUUUUUACGCUUCAACCACAUACGGAAACCAGAGAAAAGCAAUUAGCAGCGUGGAAGAAUUUAAUAUUAGAAUAUUACCGUGUUACAAAAGAAGCAGUGUUAGAUAUUCGGGAGGUGCAUAAUUGUCCUCUCUUCCACAAUACUACAAUUGACCGAAAAUUGCCUUCUGACGUAAUUGUCAUAGUAUUGGAAGAAUUGGCAAAGUCAGGGAACGCGAGCCCCUUGGAUAAGACGAAACAAAGAUGGUUAGUUUAUUGGCAUACACUGGAAGAAUGGGGAGAAAUAAUAUAUAACUGGGUGCAAGACAACGGAUUUAUUGGCUCCGUCUGCACUUUCUUUGAACUUACACAAGGAGAUGAUACUAUUGAUCAAGAAUUUCAUGGGCUGGACACAGAAGUGCUAAUUAGAGCACUUCGGACUUUGGAAGCUUCUAGAAAAGCUGAGAUUAUCAUGUUCGAUGACAAUCAGGGUGUAAAAUUCUUUUAAUGAAUGUAAUUACUUUACUCAUAUACUAUUCUUUUUUUUCUUUUUGAUGAUAUUUAUUUACUUAUAAUAAAAUGAUUAAAUUCCAUGUAAAAGAGUUCUUUUUUGUAUUGAUAAAAAAUUGUUCGAUUCAUAAUACAGUGGAAUCACAUAAUGAUUAAUUCUUUGAAUUAAUCUAUGUAUAAUGGCUUGUCUAUGUAAAUACAAUCUGGACUUACUACUUAAAA